AUGGCAGAGAACGCCGAUCUGGUUGAGUUCUACGGACAAUUAGCUCGAAGCCUGAAUCCAUCCAAUUUAGCUGGUUAUAUUGAUGCCUAUAUCAACCGCACUGACCUGGGUCUCAUUCGACCAUUGAUCUCUACAGGCACCUCAGAUACUCAUUCGGCACCCAUUGCCACCGCUGGCAAAGAGCCCUCGGAGGUCGGUACUCCUGCACCUCUCUCUGUGAUUCAAACUGAUGUCUGCCUAGUGACUGGGGAUCGGGCCACAGAUUUGUCGAGGGCCCUGGCUGAUAUGAAUGGCAGGAUGGACCCGAAGAUAACUCAAUUCAUUUUGGUAAGGUUUAUUGAGUUUAGAAGUGGUUUGACCUCGUUUUCGCAACUUGGUCGUAUUUUAAUCGAGGCCUAG